AUGAUAAAAAAAUUAUUGUUUUAAUCUUAGUUGAUUCAAUCUACUUUGUAUCACAGCAAGAGAUACUUAAGUGGUUUGAAUGGAAUUUAAUACUCUUAGGUUUUCGAUGCGAUCAAUUUAAAAAACCAAUUAAACCAACUUUCUCAUGAUGCAAUUAGAUUUACUCUUCUUGAUAAUGAAAAAAGAGAGUUAACAUAGGAAGAGAAAAAGACAGAUAGGGUAGUAUAGAGUUAUUUCCCAUCUGCAUUUUAUGAAAUAGGAGUGUAUGAAGCUAUAAAUAAAGAAGUAUCUGAUGAAAAAGUUAAUUAUCCUCGUAAUUGCUAUUACGAAGUUAAGCUACCCUGUUCUUCAAAUGAAAUUAUACGAAGAUUUAUGGAAUUAUUGAACACAAAAUCAAUAAGAAUUGGUCGUAUUUUAGAACUUUAUGAUUACGUAGCAACAACAGUUGCCUAUAAAUAUGUGUAUAUGCAAUAAGCAACAAUAAUGGCUGCUUGUGUCGAUAAUAUACAGUUUUAUAGAAGAAUCCAUCAUGAUAGAGAUAUUAUUGUCAGGGGAUAUCCAACACAUACAGGUAAAAGUUCGAUCGAAGUAUAGCUAGAUCUCUUAUAAGUUAAUAGCCGUAACUAAUUAGAAUUAGCAGCUAAAGCUAACUUCUUAUUAGUAGCAAGAAGUAAAGAAAGUCAUAAUAAGACAGCUCAUCAAGUACCUGUAUUCAAAUUUGAUGGAGAGAAAAGUGUAAGAAAUUGUAACAUUCUAUAUUAGCUUGGUAUUUAAAAUCAGACAAAAAGAAAGAAUGCAGCUGCUACUUCUCUAAAGAAAUAACCUCCAUCAUAUAACGAAAGUCUUACUGUUCAUAAUUUCUUUACUUCAGAAGAAUCAAAAAAGGAUAAAAAAUAAAUCAAUCUCACUCAUAUAUCUAAAAAGUUAAUCAUGCAUAAGCAGGAUUAGAACCUUCAUGGAAAUAUUUUUGGAGGAUAUAUCAUGAGAGAAGCCUAUGAAUUAGGUUGGUUGUGUGGUUAUCUCCAUACUAAUAAAUAAAGAAUAGAAGUAUAUGCAAUAGAUGACUUUUAGUUCAUAAAUGGUGUAGAUUUAGGAAGUAUUUUGGAAUUGCAUGCAAAAAUCGGAUAUAUUAGUGAAGAUAAUGUUAUUCACGUAGUAGUUGAAUGCUUCAAAGUUAAUAAAAGUUAAGAAAGAUUGAAAACAAAUGACUUGCAUCUAACAUUUGUUGCUGAAAAAGAUGCUAAAAUUACAAAAGUGUUCCCAGAAACAUAUACUGAAGCUAUGAUCUACCUUGACUCUUAAAGAAGAGUUCAAAAUUGCAUGCACUCAAGUUGA